CUCCCGCUCCGGCUCGGGCUCCCGCUCGGGCUGGGGGCGGCCGGGGGGAUGCUGCGCCCGUAGGCAGCGCGGGGGGGACCGGCCGCUGCCCGCCCCGCACGGUCACGCCACAAUGAAAGGCGGAACACCUUCCUGCACCCAGUGACGGGACAGCUCCCCGAGGACACCUCAAGGCUUGACUUGCCAAAACACGGCUCGGACAUGUCCAGCAAGGCGGGCAGCAAGCGGCCGGCCCCCGUCCCCAGCGAGCCCCCCAACCACGCCAUGGUGGCCGAGGUGCCCCCGGAGCGCCCCGGAGGCCGGGCUCCGCGCCCGUCCCGCAAGGGCAUCGCCUUCGGGAAGCGCUCCAACUCCAUGAAGAGGAACCCCAACGCCGCUGUCACCAAGAGCGGGUGGCUCUACAAGCAGGCCAGCUCGGGGGUGAAGCAGUGGAACAAGCGCUGGUUCGUGCUGGUGGAUCGCUGCCUCUUCUACUACAAAGAUGAGAAGGAGGAGAACAUCCUGGGCAGCAUCCCCCUGCUCAGCUUCCGCGUGGCCGCCGUGCAGCCCUCGGACAACAUCAGCAGGAAGCACACGUUCAAGGCCGAGCACGCCGGCAUCCGCACCUACUUCUUCAGCGCCGAGAACACGGAGGAGCAGGAGUCCUGGAUCCAGGCCAUGGGCGAGGCUGCCCGCGUGCAGAUCCCGCCGAGCCAGAGGCACGAGAAGCCAGACUCGGAGAACAUCCCCCCCAGCAAACACCACCACCACCACCACUGCAACGCCGCCCACCGCGAGCACCCCAAGGCCGAGCCCGACACCAAGACCCGCGGGGAGGGCGACGGCCGCGGCUCCGAGAAGAUGGAGCGGAAGCCGUCGGAGCGGCCGGACGCCAAGAAGGAUCCUCUGGCCAAAACCAACGGCCUGGUUGGGCAGGAGCCGCCCUCGGAGCCGGGCAGUCCCUACCCCGAGGGGCCGCGGGGGCCGGCGAGCGCCGAGCGGCCGGCUCAGCCCAACGGGUGGCCGUACCCCUCGCCCAGCCGGCCCGGCAGCACCGCCUUCCCCCCGGCGGGUGACGGUGACAGCGGGGCCCAGCGCCGCGGCGUCGCCCCCAGGUCCCACCCCGAGAAGGUGGCCCAGCGCAAGAGCUCCAUGACGCAGCUGCAGCAGUGGGUGAACUCGCGCCGCGCCACCGCGGCCCCCGAGGAGCUGCGCAGCCCCACCAGGUUUUACCCCGUGUCCCGCCGGGUGCCCGAUUACUACUCACCCUACUCAGCGCAGUACCCCGAGGAGUACCAGUACUACCCGCCGGGCGUGCGCCCCGACAGCAUCUGCUCCAUGCCCGCCUUCGACCGCGUCAGCCCGCCGUGGGCGCUGGAGGACAAACGCCACUCCUUCCGCAACGGGGCUCCCUUCCACGCCGCCUUCGGCCGCCAGGACGUCCCGCUGUGGCUGCCGGCGCCCUCCAGGCCGCCCAGCUACCUGGACGAGGUGGACGCGGCGUCGGGCUCGCUGCGGAGGAUGUCGCUGCAGCCGCGCUCGCGCUCGGUGCCGCGCUCGCCCAGCCAGGGCUCCUACGGCCGCGCCAGGGUUUACUCGCCCGUGCGCUCGCCCAGCGCCCGCUUCGAGCGGCUGCCGCCCCGCGGGGACGAGAUUUACGCCGACCCCGCCACGUUCGUGAUGCGCAGGUCCAUCAGCUCGCCCAAGUAUGAUUACCUGGGUGACAGGCGGCCCGUCCCGGCCGGGAUGUACCCCUACCACUUCCCGGCGUCCCCCACCAUCCACGACAAGAUGGAUGAACUUUUAGACCUUCAGUUGCAAAGAAACCUAGAAUAUUUGGACCAGCAGAUGAGCGAGAGCGAGACCCUCAUCACUAUGGUGAACAGGAUGGUGGAGACCUCCUCCCCUAGGGCCCAGCUCUACAUGCAAGUGACGCCGUUCCCGGAGCCCUACAGGGACGCCCUGCACCCCUACAAGAUCAGCGAGCAGGACACCGAUAAGCUGCUGGGGAAGCUCUGCGAGCAGAACAAGGUGCUGCGGGAGCAGGAGAGGCUGGUGCAGCAGCUCCGCGCUGAGAAGGAGAGCCUGGAGAGUGCCCUGAUGGGGACCCACCAGGAGCUGGAGAUGUUCGGGAGCCAGCCCGCCUACCCGGAGAAGCUGCUGCACAAGAAGGAAUCGCUGCAGAACCAGCUCAUCAACAUCAGGGUGGAGCUGUCCCAGGCCAGCACGGCCCUGGCAAACAGCACGGCCGAGUACGAGAGCCUGGAGAGCGAAGUGUCCACCCUGCACGACGACCUCUGGGAGCAGCUCAACCUGGACAUCCAGAACGAGAUGCUCAACCGGCAGAUCCAGAGGGAGAUCUGGCGGAUCCAGGACGUGAUGGAGGGGCUGAGGAAGAACAACCCCUCCCGAGGCACCGACACGGCCAAGCACCGAGCGGCCCUGGGCCCCUCGGGCACGUACAGCUCCAACAGCCCUGCCAGCCCGCUGAGCUCUGCCAGCCUCACCAGCCCCCUGAGCCCCUUCUCCCUCAUCUCCGGCUCCCAGGGAUCGCCCACCAAGCCCGGCCCUGGCGAGGAGCCGGGCCCGCCUCGACCUCCCCUCCCCAAGUCCUACGUGCCCCUGGAGGCUCCUCCGGCCGUUCCUCCGCUCCCCAGCGAGAGCCGCCUCUGGCCCUACCCCGCCUCGCCCUCCUGGCACCAAGGAGAGGCCAAGCGGGGACAGCCCAAACCAGGCCUGGAGCAGAGCAAGAAGGAGCCCCCCCGGCCCAGCCCCCCUGGCCCCACGCCCGAGGGGCUCCCUCAGACCCGCCCGGAGCACGACGGUGACAAACAGGCGGCACUCAACAAGGUGGGAAUCGUCCCCCCCAGGACCAAAUCUCCGGCGGAGGAGGAGGCGGUGCCCAGGAGGAACGGGCUGGCCAACGGGCUCGGCUCUCGGGAGAGACCCAAGAGCGCCGUGUUCGCCACCGAGACCAAGGUGAAGAUGAGCGUGGAGGAGCAGAUCGACCGCAUGAAGCGCCACCAGAGCGGCUCCAUGAAGGAGAAGCGGCGCAGCCUGCAGCUCCCCAGCCCACAGCAGCUCCCCGGCCCCCAGCCCGACACCCCCGGCACCAAAACCCCCUCGUCCUACAAGGUGGUGCGGCGGCACCGCAGCAUCCACGAGGUGGACAUCUCGGACCUGGAGGCCGCGCUGCGCUCCGACGAGCCCGGCAAGGUGUACGAGACGCCGCAGGAGGAGAUCGCCCGGCUGAGGAAGAUGGAGCUGGAGCCGCAGCACUACGAGGUGGACAUCAACAAGGAGCUGUCCACGCCAGACAAAGUCCUGAUCCCCGAGCGCUACGUGGAGCUGGAGCCAGAAUCGCCCCUGAGCCCUGAGGAGAUGAAGGAGAAGCAGAAGAAGGUGGAAAGGAUCAAGACUCUCAUUGCCAAAUCCAGCCUGCAGAACGUCAUCCCCCUGGGCGAGGGGGAGGUGGACGCCCCGCAGGACCCCGAGGUGCAGCUGCAGGAGCAGGAGAAGAGGAUCGAGAUCUCCUGCGCCCUGGCUGCCGAGGCCUCGCGCCGCGGCCGGAUGCUCUCGGCUCAGUGCGCCACCCCCAGCCCUCCCACCUCCCCAGCCUCCCCGACUCCACCGACCAACCCGCUGUCGUCCGAGCCGCCCCGGGCCGACGGCAGCCACCUCAUGCGGGUGUGAGCCUGUGACCUCAAGCCCUGGCUGCUGCUGGCGCCGCCAAGUUCCACGGGGCCACGUUUUAGUCCCCUCCUGAGGUGACACCGAAGCUCUCGCCACC